AUGCCUCCGAAAGCCAGACAACCUACAUCGGGCGGCUUUCCUUGCAAGGACUGCACCAAAGUUUUCCCACGUCAAUGUGACCUCAAUAAGCACACCAAGGCCCACACCCGUCCUUACAAGUGUAAAGUCGACGGCUGCAAGUAUGCCACCGUUGGUUGGCCGACCCAAAAGGAACUUGAACGACACCACAACGACAAGCACAAUGCUGCCCCGCUCCUCUACCCCUGCCAUUUCGCCGGCUGUGACUACAAGUCCAAGCGAGAGUCGAACUGCAAGCAGCACAUGGAGAAGGCCCAUCAAUGGAAGUACGAAAAGAGCAAGACUAAGGGUAGGCGGUCGGCUCAGCCGAAUGCUAACGGCGCUGAUGACCGUCCUACUCCUCUGGUUGCUGCCGCUUCCGGGCCCCCCAACUUCCUUCCUCUCAACGGCGAUUUCAAUCUCUUUGAAGACCAAGACGCUCCUGGAGAGGAAGAUGAUACUCCUUAUCCUGAAGCCCAGGCCACCAUUGAAUCCGAGUCCUUUGUUCCUUGGGCUUCUCCCAAUACUCGCAUUCAGCAGAUUCAAAACGUUCUUGACAAGACGGAUGAGGUCACUGAUGGCCAUGAGUCUCAGGUUGACCCGAUGCUCUCUGCCGAUACCCUUGACGUCUUUCGGACUCAUGAGCGAGCUGGUACGGUUGAUGGGACCACGACAAGCCAGGUUUCCGUCAAGAGUGAGCUGCCUUGGACUAAGGAUACCGACUUGUUUUCGAAGCCAUUUGGCCCUGUUGAUUCCUUCUCUGCUGGACCAACUGCUUCUGCAUCAUGGGAGAGAUCUUUCACGCCACAGCAACCUGGUCAUCCAAACCCUGUAUCGUUCGAGCCCCCUGCUUCCAACCGCCGCGAGCUUAAUGAAAACGGGGCCCCGCCGAGGAAGAAGAUCAAGACCGACCCAGAGGGCUUCUCUGACCAGGAGAUGCCUGAUCCUUUUCGCUAUGCCCACCCCCACAUCUAUGACAAGAGCCGACAUCAUCGAUAUAGGCCGUGCCAUGCCCUGCACGGCGAGAUCGCGUCGGUAAAGCGGCACCUCAAAAGGUCUGCGCAUGGCCUCAAGGUCGCAAAUGGCUAUAUCUCGACCUUCGACAUGGACCGGGGCUGCAAGUACGUUAGGGCUGGAGUUUGCACCAAAUGCUGGCAAAUCUUCCACGACCGAACGACAUUUGAGACGCACAUUUCCCAGCCCUGCGCCAAGGUGUCCAAGGACGAGAAAAAACAAUGGCUCAUUCUGCGUGACGCCUUCACCCCGUUGGUGGACAAUCAACAGGUCGAAGAUCUCCUCCAGCAUCCACGAGCUCCUCCCACAUCGGUCCCAAUGCCUGCCGACUUCCCCAACAUGCUUGCUACUCAAGCCGGACCUGUCCCAGAGCAGCCUUCGUUGCAAGCUGAGCCUCAAGCGUUGCACGAUAACGAGCAAGUGGCUCUUUUCCAAGCCCUCGUGUCCGUCUUGGCGGUACCCAACCCAAACGCAGCGGGUCCGUCCACAAGUCACCCGCAGCAACACCUCAAAUCGGAUGAAUCCCCCUUCGACCGCAAGCACGAAAGCCUCCUUGGCCUUACGGACGCCCGCCACAAGACUGAUGUCGAUGUCAACGCACCCUUGACUGAGCUUGAGGACGAGCAGCGCUCCCUGGUCCGCGUGAACACGGGGCUCACGACUGCCACCACGAGCACAAGUUCCCACAGUAGUGUUUCUUCUAUUCGGCGCGUGCCCCCGAGCCCGCCGCCUAAACCGGUGCAUCUGCCUGCUGGCGUCAAAGAGCCUAGGUCGAUUGGCGCUGAUUCGGGGUAUGGUGGCACGGAGAUGAGGAGAUGCAGUAGUGCUGGAAUGUCGGCGUUUGGAGCGUCGGGAUCAACUGCUGUCGCCACUUGGGGGUAUCAGCCGAGUGUGCCGGUGCCGAUGGGUUUGUUUGGCGAGCAGACUGAAGGUGUUGGGCAGUUGCCGGCGGGAGUGUAUACCGACCUGUGGGAGACCAAUAAAGUAAGGGCUCCAACGGCGGGGUUCUUGGGGGAUGGCACCCCUGAGGUUGACGGCCAGGGGCAGGGUCAAGAGCAAGCCUAUGCGUACGGCCAUAGUUAUGGCUAUUACCCCGAUGUCUCCCAGGCUCGGGCCGUUGAUGAUGGCUAUGUGGAGGAUUGUGCGGAGAAGUUCUUUGAGGAUGCGACGGCGCACUUAAAUGUGGGAAGUACCGGCAGCACUUCUGGCGAGAGCCAAAUGAGUCUGUCGGCUGCUAUGAUGGCGAUGGGCGCUGGUGUUCAGAAUGGGACAUCAUCGUCCGGUUCAGCAGAGUACGGGGAUGAAUAUAAUUACUGA